UCAAUCAGUUCAACGCGGUCGAAGUUGCAAGUCGUCAAAUGCUGUCCAAUAAUUCUAAUCAUUUAGCUAGAAUUUAUAGAUUCAAUAAGGAUUUCAAUUAUUGUUCUUGACAAAAGUCAACUUUAGGUCAAUCUAAAAGUACCGUUAAAGGUAUUUAAGUACAAGAAACACAUUAGAAAUAUUUCUUUAAGUCGAAGUAGAGGUACUAAUUCAUUGUUUCAGCACGAGAAAGGUUCACGGUGAUUUAAGCUUUUCGAAAUGGAGCAGACAGCUAUACAGGACCUAAAACCUGGAAUGAAAAAUUUGAAUAUUACGUUUAUUAUAUUGGAAAUAGGUCAGCCAAUAACAACCAAAGAAGGACACGUGGUCCGGACGUGUAAAGUGGCAGAUAGGUCAGCUUCUAUCAAUAUUUCAGUGUGGGAUGAACCCGGCCUCCACAUACAACCUGGAGAUAUCUGCAAGCUAACAAAAGGUUAUGCAUCUUUAUGGAAAGGCUGCCUUACACUAUACACAGGGAAAGGAGGAGAUAUUCAGAAGAUUGGAGAGUUUUGUAUGUUAUUCUCCGAAACUCCUAACAUGAGUGAACCAAAUCCAGAAUACAUGCAACAGAUUCAAGUUAAACUGCAAGGAGGGGAACAACGUAGGUCACCAACUCUACAACAACCAAUCACAACAACACAGACAGUUAUAACACAAGGGAUGACACCAACAGGUAAUGGGUUAGCGGGUCAACCAUCUUUUAACCAGCGUGGACCUCGACCAUCAGUUUUUCACAACAAUCAGCCUGCUAGAACACAAAUUUUUAUUGUUAACCAUAACAACGGUACUAACAGUAAACCCCGACCCAGCAGGAGAUAGUUACAAAGUCGUAGAAAUCGGUUUAUAUCAUAAAGUUUAUGUGAAGAAGUUGACAAAAAGAAACAUAAUAUGGAUUAGUGGGUUGAAUGGUUUCGGUUUGUCUUCCAAACAAUGGGCUGUGAUUUAGAACACUCCCUUUAGAAUGAGGAAACUUGUAUAACUGGAACACAUUCUAGAGUUACUUUAAUUCUUGUUUUUCAGAAUGUACAGAUGUAUUUUUAUGUUUUUACAUGUAUACAUACCUUAACAACACUCUUUAUAACAACAUCAUGCACAGCACGUGUGGUAAAGAAACCUUAGAAUAUCGAUCAGGACUAAGCCUUGUCCUAAGAAUUUCAGUUGGCCUAAAAGUCAUGAGAACCAAUUAAUAGCUUGUCUGGUGUCUGUAGGAUAAGAUUUCCAGUUUUCUUACUUCAGAAUCUUCAGUGACAGCCAGAACUUAGGAGCUGAACUGUGAUGGUUAUUUUUAUGUUGUUUGUAUUUUUCAUCUCAAUCAUGUUUUAGAAAUUUAUGAAACAAUUUAGUUCAAAAAAAAAGAAGAAAAUAAUUGAACAACUGAUCAUGAUUAUUUCCCAGUUUCUUGAAAAAGAAAAACGAUGUUGUGUGUUUCAGAGAAAAAAAGGAAAACCAAGAUUCAUGAAAUUUCCUUUUUUAAGUAAAUAAGAGUUAUUGUAAUCCCUGCAUAUUAUUCAAGUUGUAAUGAUUUAAAAAUUUAUGUCAGAAACUAGUGUUUCUUCUUUUGGUAUCAACCGUUCUCAAGCAAAACAAUUAUGUUCUUAGGAAAUCUGUUUGGACUCGGUUUGCUGUAGGUUUAGACGAGAUGUACAUAGGAACACACAAGAAUAGGGUACACUUCAUAUGACCGUAUGUAUGGUUGAGUAAGCUUGCUGUAAUCAUGCGACAAGCUUCAGAUUAAUAUGUAGAAUAAAGUACAGGUGUUUCGUACAGUU